UUCCAACAACAAAAGAGAUAAUUAAACAAGGACAUGUCUUAAAAAUUUGCUAAACUGACUGUGUAUUAUUUUUUCAUUCAAACAAAGAUGGUGACAUUUUGAAUAAUAAUAAUAAUAAUGUCAAUUAUCAGGAGAAAGGCAAAACAAGUUUUUUUUAAACUGUAAAAAAAAAUCUCCACACCACUAGGGGGCAGCAGAGUUCCUUCGUUUCGAGACUCCUGUGUCCACAGUUUGCAACAUCUUCCUCAGAAGAUUUUAUGCAGAUAUCUGUUCAGAAGUUCCAUCCAGGUGAGAUGCUGUGGAGUUUGAUUAAUUGAUGAAGCUCAUUUGCAUAAAGAUGCAGCAGAUAAGCAGCUUCUCAUUAAGCUUAGCAGAUGGCAGGUGCCCCCCCCCAUCGAACCUGAACGCUCUUAUCACCGUAACCAACACGGGCUUGGAUGAAAUGAUGCUGAUGCUGAGGAUCAGGUGGCCACUUCAUUUCCCUCUUACCGGAUUACCGCUCCGCUCGCCGCCUCCCCUCCUCAUUUCUUGGAGCUUUUUUUGGCCCCGCGGACCUGGAUUUGCUGUAAAUUAUUAAGGGGGUAGUUUGGAGGGCUGCUGGGCUCCUCAUCACCUGAUAUCUCCUGAUGGCAUCAGCUGUGAGGGGCAGAUGCCCGGGGCGGAUGCUGCGCUCCAAAGGCCUCGCCUCCCUCUAGGAAAGGAGCUCCCGUUGAGGCUUCUUCCAGUCCCGGCUGGAGGAGAUGGAGAACUCCUGGUUCCUCAGACUCCGUCACGAGGAGCUGCUGUUCCUCGCCGCCUGCGUGUCUAACUGCUGGUGUGUGUGUCUGUGCGUGUGUGUGUGUCUGGAAGGCCGGGUGUUCAGGAGAGGGGGUGGCGGCGGCGGCGUGCGGAUGGGCUGCAGCUGGAGGUGGCAGCUCUCCCGGGCGAUGCGGCUGUCCCUGCGCUGGUGCCGGCCGCAGAGGGGCGCCCGGGCCGGCGGGGGCAAGGCGGGGGUGGGGGGCAGGCUGUGGGAGCUGUGGACCUACACCAGGCUGCUGCUGCGCUCGCUGUACUUCAACAGCCUCGCCGACUCCGACACGCUGCUGGACUGUGCUUUCGAGCCCAUCUACUGGAUCGUGGACAACGUGACCCGCUGGUUCGGAGUGGUGUUUGUCUGCCUCGUGGUCCUGCUGACGACCUCCGUGGUGGUCAUCGUCUACAUCUUCGUCCUCCCCACCGUCUUCAGGACUUACUCCGCCUUCUGGACCGUCUGGCACUUUGGCUGCGGUCACUGGCUGCUCGUCAUGCUGGCCUUCCACUACUACAAGGCCACCGUCACCCCCCCAGGACACCCACCCAAGAACCAGCAGGGCCUUCCCUCCGUCUCCAUCUGUAAGAAAUGCAUCGUCCCCAAACCUGCACGGACGCACCACUGCAGCAUCUGCAACACCUGCGUUUUGAAGAUGGACCAUCACUGCCCCUGGCUGAACAACUGCGUGGGCCACUUCAACCACCGCUACUUCUUCUCCUUCUGCCUCUACAUGACGCUGGGCUGCGUCUACUGCAGCGUCAGCAGCAGGAACCUGUUUCUGGAGGCCUACAGCGCCGUGGAGUCCUACUAUCAGACGGCGCCGCCAGAGUACAGCUUCAGGGAAAGCUCCGCUCACAAGUGCAUCAUCUUCCUCUGGGUUCUGACCAGCUCAGUGGCGGUAGCUCUGGGGGGGCUGACGCUGUGGCACGCCACGCUCAUCAGCAGAGGGGAGACCAGCGUGGAGCGGCACAUCAACCGGAAGGAGACCAAGCGACUGCGGCAACAAGGAAAGGUGUUCAGGAAUCCAUAUCACCACGGCAGAAUCGACAACUGGAAGCUGCUGCUGGGCGUGGAAACGCCGAGUCACUGGCUCACGCGGGUCCUCCUGCCCUCCAGCCACCCUCCCCGGGGAGACGGGAUGGCGUGGGAGUGCGUCUACGGCAGGAGGGAGGAGCUCCUCGCCGUCUGAGCUGCGUCCGCAGAGACUUCGAUGCUGCGGGCCGGCAUCCGCCCACAAGCGUCUGCUUCCCCAUCUGUCUUUUAAUGUACGGUAAACGUGAGAGGUCGGCUCCAUCCAGGAAUUCACACAUUAGCAGUGAAACACUUCAGAUUACAGAUUAAGAUAGCUAGGGAUGGAGGAGGUUCUUCAAAGAAAACGCAGGUGAAUCGAUAAGAUACCUGACUUCUUCAGUUCUCUUGUUAUCAGACACGGUUGUGUUUGUGUCACAUACAUGACAUGUUUCGACGUCCGUCGAAACAUGUCAUGUAUGUGACACAAACACAACCGUGUCUGAUAAUAGAAGAACCUAUGAAAAAGUCACAACAGGACAUUUAGAAACCGCUUUCUGAUGAAAACAAACGUCAACUACAUAGAAAAAUCCCUCAUUUCUUCAUUGAUCUCAACCAGAAUAAGGUGCAUAAAAACAAAGUUUGGGUAUUUUUGUGCCGUAAACAACGUCCAUCUAUUUUGGUAAAUAAAGAGCAUGAAUCUGAUCUUUAGGGUAUAAAAGUUUCUUAUGGGACCGUAUUUAAAAUAGUGAUAUUGAAGGACGUGUCCACCUGCUGGCAGUGAAGGGAACUGCAGUGUUUGUUUACAUGCUGAGGCCACAUGGUGCCGUUUGAUGGUUUUGACCUGUUCUUGGUGCCAAAGAGGGACAUUUAUUUCUAAACCUUUCAUCUCUGGAGUUUGGUUUAAAAAAAUGUUGGGGAGGGUGUCUAAUUGAGUCAUUUUUCUAGUUUCAUGGCUAACUCUGAUUAAUAGAACCGGUAAAAUAAAAUAAAACCUGGUACUGUGAAAAAAAAAAAUCAUUUGUGGUUGCCAUAGCAACAGAUGUGACGAAUCAGAGCUGCGCUCUUUUCCUUUUUUGGAUUAAACUGUUUCUUCUAAAUC